AUGGAUCCUCUCAGCAUCGCUGCGUCUGUCGUUGGACUUAUUCAGGCUAUUUCCGCCACCUGUACGACCAUCAAUACAAUCGCGUAUCUCCCAAAAGCGUUCGAUCAUGUUAAGAAACACCUUCCUCUUGUUCAGAAGAUUCUUGAAGACGUUAGUGUCAGGCUGAGACAACGAAGCCUUGCUGAAGAAGAACGGCAGACGAUCGCGAGAAUCAUCAAGGAUUGCGAUGUUAAGGCUAGAAAGCUGCGACAAAUCUUUGAUGCGCUCGAAAUUAAACGCAAGCAGGAUAAGGAUGCGAGAAGUUGGGACAAGCUUCGCGGAUGGUACCACGAGACCUUGCAAGGCAUCAAAGGUCAUCGUGUGGAGACCCUUAUGAAGGAUAUCUUGGAGGACAUGCGAGAACUAGGCCUGUACCAGACGUUCAGAUUGGCGACCCAAGAGGAUAUCGAGGAAAUCAAGAAGGCACUUGAGGAGAACUCUGACGUGGAACCAUCCUUGGACGAUGCGGCUGUCGAGUCGACAAGCUUGAUCUACACAACCCAGAACGUGAACACAGGUGGCAUGGGGCAGCAGAACAAUCCAAGCGGAGGCACAAAUACCUUCAAUUCAGGGUACAACAUCAGUGGCGGCACUGUACAUAUCGGACAUGAACGUGGGUUUCUUUACGACCUGAUAAGCCAUCCCCCCUCAAGUUAUUCUGAGUUUUAUACAACAAAAGAGAAGCUCUACCGGCCAUCUUACGAGUGGAUCCUUUCCAACGAUGACUUCCAGUAUUGGCUCCAGUCAAAAACCAGCCAGUUGCUUUGGAUCAGGGGACAUCCUGGAAAAGGCAAAACCAUGCUUCUCUGUGGGAUUAUCGAUACGCUACAGGAGAAAUCCAAGAAGGGGAUCAGUAAUGGUUGGGAACCGAUAUACUUCUUCUGUCAGGAGACCAACGAUCAGUUUAACAACGCCACAUCAGCGGUACGAGGCCUUCUUGAGUCUCUAUUCGAUAGAAACAAGAAACUACGCGACAAGUACAACCGUACCGACAUAUCUUACAAUCUCGACAUCAACAAUUUGGUUACGCUACGCGAGACAUUCAAGCAAGUGCUGCAGGACCCAGAUCUUCCGGGUGUAUACCUGAUUGUGGACGCUCUUGACGAGUGUCGGCAUGGCCUUGAGGACCUUCUUCGAAUCGUCGUGGAUCUUUCCAAACUAUCAUCAGCAAGAAUUAAGAUACUAGUAUCGAGUCGCGACUGGCCGAGCAUCGAGAGGGAGUUGAAUCCUUCGGGGCAGAAGAUUGUGCUACAGCUCGAGUUAAACUCAUCUUCGAUUUCUGAUGCUGUGGAUCGCUACAUACGCCACAAGGUCAACGAAUUAGCAAACAAGAAAGAGUACGAUGAAGAUCUACGACAAGCUGUGCAGCAGCAUCUGAAGUCCAACGCGCGCGACACCUUUCUCUGGGUAGCAUUGGUAUGCGAAGCGCUGGCGGGCAUGCAAGUCCGUGCCGGUCAUACACUGCGAAUCCUAGAAGAAAAGUUUCCCGCAGGGCUUGAGAGCCUCUACGGAAGAAUGAUAAGAGACGUCGACGAGUUACGGGAGGAUGCGAAGCUUUGCAAGCAGAUCCUUGCAAUUGCUUGUAUUGUCUACCGCCCUAUAAGUUGGAACGAACUGACAUCGCUACUCGGAAAGCCCGGACUUCAGGACGCCAAGUCUAUCAUUGGAUCCUGCGGCUCAUUUCUGACUAUACAAGAGGAAGAAAAAGUGAUAUCCUUCAUUCACCAGUCUGCGAAAGAUUUCUUGCUUGAUGAUGAAGACGCAUUGAGACAAAUCUUACCUUACGGAGUCGAUCAUCAGCACUACUAUGUCUUUUCAGCAUCGCUUCAGGCUCUCUCAACAACACUCAAGCGCGACAUGUACGAAUUGAAAGACCUAGGGUAUCCCACAAAUCGAGUGUCACCGCCAGAACCUGAUCCGCUUGCUUCAGUCCGGUAUUCCUGCGUUUACUGGCCUAAGCAUCUUCUCGAAUUAGCUCCACCUAGUCCCCAGACCCCGUUAGAGCCAGAAGGCAAGGCUGAAAUGGAACGUUUUGCUGAUAUGCAUACACAGAACCUCCCCUGGUACUUCGAACUUAUUCAAGUAAUGUUCAAGUCUCUCCUUACUUUAUGCUUUUUCCUCUACGAUUUGUUUUCAUUGAACCUUCGAGCCAGAGAGCUUGAUGAAAGCAUGAAAGAUGGAGGCAUUGCACACAGAUUCUUGAAAGAGAAGUUCCUAUACUGGCUGGAAGCUCUCAGCUUGCUAUCCAGUAUCCCCGAGGGGGUCAAAGCGAUGGAAAGGCUUGAAGUUUUCUCCGUAAGCUCUACUCAUCAGCCAUAA